UCUCAGCAAGUUUCGGACCUCCAAAACCUAAAUACGAUACAGAGGAAAGGGUGAGAACUGAGAAGAGUACAAGAGAGUGCCUCCAAUGGCGUCGUCGAGAGUCUUUUCCAGGUUUUCGUCUAGAUUACGGUCUUUCUCUCUCAAUACGAACAAGAAUUCGACGGCGCCGGAGUUCUCUCCGCUCAAAUCGACCUCUCGCUCCGAGACGUCUCUCUCCGCUAGACGCAUUUCUCGCAUUUCGAGAUUACCACUGCAAUUGAGCAGCUUGGAAUCAACGAUGCCAUUACACAGUGCAGUGGCUUCAGCCAGAUUAGUAUCGAGCUUGUCAAUGGAAUCUCAGAGCUGGGGAUUGGUUCCUAAUGGACUUUCGAUGCCUUUUUAACAGUAUUCCUGUGACAAGUUUUCUAUUUUGAUUGCUUUGUUGGUCUUAUUCUUAUAUGGACAUUUUGCUUUGAAAAUGUUGUUAGAGGCUUAAGAAUCAAGUGGUCUGGAUUCUUUUUCUAAUUGAGUUUUCUUUUUUUUU